AUGGCGAUCAUCGAGUUUCUGCCUAAAGAGUAUGGAUAUGUCGUUCUUGUCCUCGUCCUCUACUGCUUCAUCAACUUUUGGAUGGGCUUUCAAGUCGGCAAAGCUCGCAAAAGGUACAAUGUGCAGUUUCCAACAUUAUAUGCUAUAGAAUCAGAAAACAAAGAUGCUAAGCUCUUCAACUGUGUUCAGAGAGGGCAUCAAAACGCUCUAGAGAUGAUGCCAAUGUACUUUAUGCUAAUGAUACUUGGUGGGAUGAAACACCCUUGCAUCUGUACUGGCUUGGGUUUGGUCUACAACAUUUCUCGAUUCUUCUACUUCAAAGGUUACUCUACUGGAGAUCCCAUGAAGCGCCUCACAAUUGGGAAAUACAGUUUCUUGGGAUUGUUUGGUCUCAUGUUCUGUACCAUCUCCUUUGGUGUCAGUGUGAUCCGCGGUUAGGCCAGUCAUCCUUUGUGAGGUUGAUGGUUCUAUGGACUUUGGAUCCGGUCCUUGUGAGUUAGUUGUCUACAGACUUAUGUAAUAAUGAGUUCGUCAGGUUGUUGCUUACGGAACUGUUUUUCAAGUUGUAAUAAAAUCACUAUUUCGGUUUCGAUAAAAAAAUUCAAAAAGAAGUUUUAAAUUUAGUUGAAAAACAAUUGAAAAAAUAUUUUCUUAAAUACAGACACAC